AUGGCAUGGGCGAAACUGAGAGAAGGUGUGAAGAAACUCUUGUUGGUUUAUCCUUGGAGAGUUUGCAAACAGUGCAAGGAGGUUCACGUUGGACCGACCGGUAAUAAAGCUCGGCUAUGUGAUGUGUUCAAAUAUGAGAGCUGGCGCGACACUCAUUACUGGGAAAAAGCUGGUGUGAACGAUUUUGUACCUAAGAAAAUGGUAUGGCACUGUAGGCCUCAGGACCCUGUGGUUCUUUUGGACCAAGGGCGGAAUCAUUAUGUACAUGCCUCUGCUAUUGUGAGCCUUUGUAGCCAUGUCAGCGCAACUGUUCCUGUUAAAUACUCCUGCAAAAUGAAGUUCCAAGGUUUAUCUUUUCCUAUUCAGUAG